UUCAUCGCCAUCACCACCGCUGUUUCCACGCUCCGCUCCUCCUCCCCACCAUUCUUCUCUUCACCUCUCUCCCACGGAUUCAUAGCUCCAUCGUUCUGGUUAUGUUAGCUGCUGCCAACGCCGGGGAACCCCAGAGCCUAAGCUCUUCCCCUGCUCUCGGCUUUCCUCGCUUGAGGUUCUUCCGUUAUCGGAGAUUGAGGUAGCUUUUUUUAGUUUGAUUUCGCUCUUCCUCUGCCCCUUCUGAAAAUUUGUUUACAAAAGAUGCCGACUUCUUCCAAAAAUCACCGGCGAGGCCACGAAGACAAGGUCGUUAAGAUGGGAAAGUUGACCGAAAAGUCGUCGUCGUUUCAUGGCCGGAGUAAUCUAAUCCCCCCGCAGCUUCUCCGCCCCAAGACCGACCCAGACCUCCUCUCCGGCAGGAAGUUCACCGUAACCGCGCAGGAGACUGCGCCAGCGAAACUGACGAAGCUGCUGCUGAACGUCACGAUACAGAGGAGCCUAGGUGCCAUACAGGUGGUGAUUUCGCCGGAAUCGACGGUGAGUGAUCUUAUAGCAGCGGCGGUGCGGUUGUACGUGAAGGAGGGCAGGAGGCCGUUCCUACCCACGACCGACCCUUCCGCCUUCGAUCUCCAUUAUUCGCAGUUCAGCCUAGAAAGUCUGGGUCGAGAAGAGAAGCUAAUAACGUUGGGAUCAAGGAACUUUUUCCUGUGCCCAAGGAAGCAGCAAGUCGGAGAUGCUACUGUGCUAUCAUCAUCUUCCUCCUCUUCCUCCUGUUCAAACCAAGCUGAGAAGGCUUCAAAGAUCGGAGUUUCUUGGCUGAGAUUCAUGGAUUUCUUGCUGUAAAAGCAAGCUAUGUCUUUUCCAUUUUGUUGGGUAUCUGAAAAUGAGAUUCGGUUGUGGAAUUUAUUAGCAGAAUUAAACCUCUGUUGUAUAGAAAUUGAUACAGUGUCUGAGGAGCCAUGUAUUGUGUUUUUAUGAAGGCUAGGCUGGAGAUGUAAAGUGAAGCCAUUUGAUUUGAUCUGAGCAUUUAUUGUGUCUGUUUUCUAGAAAGGAAUGCAAGUUAUCUCUUUCAAAUUCA